AUGGCUACUCUCCAAGGAAUUUCCCUCCAAGACCUCCCAGUACUGGUCCAAGACUCGCACCUCGAGGCAACCUUCCACCCAUCCGCCGCCAUCCCCACUGAGACGACGCACAUGACAUACUGGAGAAGACGGGGACCUCAACAGGAGAGAUGGGUUCGUCAGAAGAUGCUCGGCCGUGGGGGCUUCGGCAUCGUUUGGCUGGAGGAGCGAGAGCCAAAGAGUCACACAUCCUACAACUCCCGGGCGGUGAAGCAGUUGGACCUUGAAAAGCUUCGAUCGAAAAAGAGUGAUUAUGUGAAAGAGCUGGAGGCCUUGGCCAAGUUCUCCCAGGCAAAGUAUUCCGAGUUCUUUAUCAAGUCCUACGGAUGGUUUCAGAGUCCCUCUGCACUGUUCCUGACCAUGGAAUACUGUGAACUGGGAGAUUUGAAGGACCAUGUCGAAAUGUAUGGCAAACUCCCGGAGGAUCAAGUGCAGGACAUUGGAUGCCAAGUUCUUCAAGGGCUACGGUUUAUGCAUCAGAACAACUUUGCACACCGAGACUUGAAGCCGGCGAACAUACUAAUCAAGGACAAACCCCCGCAUGGUGACUGGUACGUCAAAAUCUGUGACUUCGGGCUCAGCAAACGGAUCGGUAUCGACAUUGCUACCACAACGGUCAAGGGGACACCUGGUUUCAUGCCUCCCGAGUUAAUACAUGGAAUUGGAGAUGAUCCCGAGCGCGUUGAUCAUUUCCCGGCUGACAUGUGGUGUUUUGGCGAGACCAUCUUCUACCUGCUCACUCACAAACGGGCGUUUGGUGGCGAUCUCAUACUCCUCAAGUACUGGAAAGGCGGGCCAUUCCCCAAGGCGCCUCUGUUGCAUGUUUCAGCCAGCGCCGCCGCCAUCAGCUUUGUUCAGCAGCUCAUGGCUAGCGCUCCGACAAAGAGGCUUACCGCUGAGAUGGCUGCUCAACAUGAGUUGAUGAAGACAGAGCCUCUCCAGAAGGUGGACCAGGAGAUAGGAGAAACCUCCAAUAUCAAAGGGGACUCAUCGUCGUCUGCUGUGGAUGAACAAGCAUCUGGUCGAUGGACUACCUUGGAUUCGCUUCAGCAAAGCGUCCAGCUUCCUUCAGGCUCGAGGAGCACAAUAAUAGCACCUAACCAGAAACCUAGGGAUGCUGGAAGGAUCGACAUUUCAACUGCUGAAAGCUGGCAAUCGCACCGCCAUAAACAAAUGUCAAAUUCGCUCGAAGCAGAUACUCAAACUCAAAGCAUGCGUGAAGAAGAUUCGAGGAGGACAUUGGAGCCCCAGUUGCCUAACGGAACGGCUCGCCUCGAGCAUCAAUACCUCGGCGUAAACCCUCCUCAGACUCAGCGCCGAGUCGUAUCCCCUCCUCGAACUCGGCCCCGAGCCGUAUCCCCUCCUCAGCUUCAGCGCCGAGCCGUAUCCCCUCCUCGAACUCGGCUCCGAGCCGUGUACCCUCCUCAGCUUCAGCGCCGAGUCGUAUCCCCUCCUCGAACUCGGCUCCGAGCCGUGUACCCUCCUCAGGGUCAACGCCGAGUUCAAGGCGCCACUGAGCAGGCUGCUCACGUGGCUGGGAAAAGACAACGAGAGGCGGGCAACUCCCACGGGCUUGACAUUGACGAGAGAGGCCAUAGAAGGCACGAAACAAGAUCACGUUGA